AUGCUGCUACCCGCCUCCGCCCGUACCGCUGCGCCCGCACUCGCUCGUGGCCUUGGUCGCCGUGCCGCAUCCUCAUCAGCUGCAACGGUCAAGCGAACGGCGCUCAAUGCCUUUCACAGGGCGAACGGCGGCAAGAUGGUCGAGUUUGCGGGAUGGGACAUGCCUCUUUCGUACGAAGGAUCGGACAAGAGCAAGUGCCCGGGUGGACCAGUUGCCGAGCACCACCAGGUCCGCAACUCGUCCGGCUUGUUCGACGUCGGACACAUGGUCCAGUCGACCUUCAAAGGCCCCGGCGCACUCGCCUUCCUCUCGCACCUCCUCCCCGCCUCUCUCGCAACUCUCCCCAUCCCCGGCAAAGAUGCGCACCGACCCUUCGGCUCGACCUUGAGCGUCCUCUUGAACGAGCAGGGCGGCAUUCUCGACGACUGCAUGAUCACGCGGUGGGGGAAAGACAGCUUCUACCUCGUCACGAACGCGGGUCGUGCGGAUGUCGACAUCCCUUGGAUCAGCAAGCACGUCGAGGAGUGGAAUGCCGAGAAGGGAGAGAAGGUCAACUUCCAGGUCCUCGAGUCGCAGGCUCUCGUCGCUCUGCAAGGCCCUAAGUCGCACGUCGCCCUCCAGCGUCUCCUUCCUUCCGGUCUCUCCGUCCAGAAGCUUCUCACCUUCGGCCAGUCGCUCCACCUCUCGAUUCCUUCGCUAUCGUCCUCUUCUACCGUACACAUCGCUCGCGGCGGCUACACCGGCGAAGACGGCUUUGAGAUCUCGGUCCCAAACGCGCAGGCGGAGGGCUUUGCUGGCAUGCUGCUCGAGCAGGAGGAGGUCAAGCUGGCGGGCUUGGCCGCGAGGGACAGCUUGAGGCUUGAGGCGGGUCUCUGCUUGUAUGGGCAUGAUUUGGACGAGUCGGUCGGUGUCGGCGAGGCGGGUCUGGCGUGGGUUGUCGGCAAGGACCGUCGCACGCCGGGCGCCUUCAUCGGCAGCGAGCGCACGCUUGCCGAGCUCAAGAAGGGCGGCACGACCCGCAAGCGUGUUGGCUUGACGGUCGAAAAGGGUGCUCCCGCUCGCGAGGGCGCGCUGAUCUACUCUUCGGCCGACGCAUCCACCGAGCCCAUCGGCCGCAUCACCUCCGGCCUGCCUUCGCCUACAAUCGGCCAGAACAUCGCCAUGGGCUACAUUUCGACCGCCGAUGGCCUCAACAAGAAGGGCAGCGAGGUGUUUGUUGAGGUGAGGAAGAAGAUGCGCAAGGCACAGGUCGUUGGGAUGCCGUGGAUCACGCCGGGAUACUACCGUGGCGAGUAG